AUGGCUCCUCCAGCAGUAUUAAAAAAGACCGGUGUUGUUUAUGGUCAAGAUGUUAAGGACUUAUUUGACUAUGCACAAGAAAAAGGAUUUGCUAUUCCAGCUAUUAACGUUACUUCCUCAUCUACUGUUGUCGCAGCUUUAGAAGCCGCAAGGGAUAACAAAUCACCAAUCAUUUUGCAAACUUCUCAAGGUGGUGCCGCUUAUUUUGCAGGUAAAGGUGUCAAUAACAAGAACCAAGAAGCUUCUAUUGCUGGUUCGAUUGCUGCUGCUCACUAUAUCAGAUCAAUUGCUCCCACAUAUGGUAUCCCAGUCGUUUUGCACACCGACCACUGUGCUAAAAAAUUAUUACCAUGGUUCGACGGUAUGUUGAAGGCCGAUGAAGAGUUUUUCGCCCAAAAUGGUAUUCCAUUAUUUUCAUCCCACAUGUUGGACCUCUCAGAGGAAAGCGACGAGGAAAAUAUUGGUACUUGUGCUAAAUACUUUGAAAGAAUGGCCAAGAUGAACCAAUGGUUGGAAAUGGAAAUUGGUAUUACCGGUGGUGAAGAAGACGGUGUCAACAAUGAACACGUGCAAAAGGAAUCCUUGUACACUUUGCCAGAAACAGUUUUCAAAGUUUAUGAAACGUUAUCCAAGAUUGCUCCAAAUUUCUCCAUUGCUGCUGCUUUUGGUAACGUUCAUGGUGUUUACAAACCAGGUAACGUUCAAUUGAAACCAGAAAUCUUGGGUGACCACCAAGAAUACGCUAAAAAACAACUUGGAACUAGUGCUAAACACCCAUUAUACUUGGUUUUCCACGGUGGUUCUGGUUCAACACAACAUGAAUUUGAUGUUGCCAUCAAGAAUGGUGUGGUUAAGGUCAACUUGGAUACCGAUUGUCAAUACGCUUACUUGACCGGUAUCAGAGACUAUAUCGUGAAAAACAUUGAAUAUUUGAAAACACCAGUUGGUAACCCAGACGGUGACGACAAACCAAACAAGAAAUACUUUGACCCAAGAGUCUGGGUUAGAGCCGGUGAAGUCACCAUGUCCAAGAGAAUCGAAGAAGCUUUGGAAAUUUUCCACACUAAGAACCAGUUAGCAUAA